AUGAAGUUUCAGAUGCCGCGGCCAUCAGGUGGCCUCGGCCGCACCAAAAAUAUUCUGCAUUUUGUACAAGGCUUCAUUAUUUUUAUCGCGUGGGCUUUGACCAUCGCGAUUUGGACGAAGAGUGGCGGCAUUGACGGCCGCACAGGAUGGUACUGGGGAUUGUGUUGGUUGAGUAUCCCCGGCCUGGUCUACCUAGUCGCAGUGCCGAUGUGGCCACGAGCCCGUCGCUUCGGAAAUGUCUACGCCUUUGCUAGUGUUGACGCCCUCUACACCAUUCUCUGGGCCAGCGCGUGGAUCUGUCUCGCAUCUUACGUCGCUCAGGGAAAAUCACUGGGUGCCGAUACCAAAUCUGAUUCCAAGUCCGACUCGGACUCCAAGACCACCAAAAGAGCCUCCGAUAGUGACACCAAGACCGGAUGCGAUAACUGGCACUAUGGAAGCGCAGCCAAGUGCAAGCUCAGCGAAGCGACCACUAUCAUCGGUGUCUUCAUCUUCAUCCUCUUCGCCAUCACCACAUUCAUGUCCUUCCGCAACGUGGCGCACUUCCGUCGCACAGGAACUCUUCCCGACGCCGUCUCCGACCCCACCUUCGCCGCGCAAAGCAAAGCAGCCUUCUCCUCAAACCCGGCGCACGACUUCGAGGAAGACGAAGAUGACUUCCGCUCAGGUCGCGGCGGCAUGGGCGCUUCCUCUCGCGGCGACCAGGAUGAAGACUACGCCCUUCUACAGCAGAGCGAGGUCGACGAUCUGGGUAAUGCGCACGGCCGGUCCGCUGUGCAAGGCGCCUACGAUCCCACUGCCCCUGCGCCUGGUGGCAUGCUCCACGACUACAAUAGCACCGGAUAUGGUGGUGCGCAUGGCCAGCACUACAACCCCGGUCCCUCAGACCAGUUCGCGAAUGUGGAAUACACUCCGUCCGAGUACACUGCGCCUUCUGGCUUUGGGGGGUCGUCUGUCGCGGGUGGCUAUGGAAGACGGCCUAGCUAG